AGGAUUCUAAAAUUGAUACUUACCAAAAAAUGUGGCACUAUAUGGAAACACGACAUUCUGCGGUGUUUGUAAAGACGUAUGAAGAAGGAAUUAAGCGUGUCAUAGAAGGAAAUUAUGCCUUUCUUAUGGAAUCAACAAUGCUGGAUUACGCAGUACAGCGAGACUGUAACUUAACACAAAUAGGCGGGCUUCUCGAUUCAAAAGGUUAUGGAAUUGCCACGCCAAAAGGUUCACAAUGGCGCGAUCCUAUGUCAUUAGCAAUCUUGGAAUUACAAGAAAAAGGGAUCAUACAAAUAUUAUAUGAUAAAUGGUGGAAAAAUACUGGUGACGUUUGCAAUCGGGAUGAAAAAAGUAAGGAAUCGAAAGCAAAUGCAUUGGGAGUAGAAAACAUUGGAGGUGUUUUCGUAGUCUUACUAUGUGGUUUAGCUUUAGCAGUUGUUGUUGCCAUUUUUGAGUUUUGUUGGAAUUCUAAAAAAACGCUACAACUGACCGAAACGCAAACUUUGUGUUCUGAAAUGACUGAAGAGUUGAGGUAUGCUACACAUUGCCACGAGUCAAAGCAACGUCAAUCCUUAAAGCGCAGCUCUGUUAAAUUCCCACCGGACUCCACCUAUGUGCCAGCUGAUUCAGCAAGUGGUAUACUAAAUUCUAGUGGUUUACAUUAUAAUUAUUUUGAUUAG